UAGAGCUGCAGAUACCAACAAAACUGCUGACAAUCAUAGUUACUCUAGUUUUACUAAACUUUACAUAUUUAUGUUUUUAAUAGGAGGACGUACAAGAACAACUGAUGGCUAGCCAAACUGUAUUUGUUCAGUUUCGAUACUGCUCAUUGUGUAGGCUGAAUCAUAAAAAGGGGAAGAGUCAUGUGUAUUCCAAACGUCAUCAAGACUUAGUGUCUAAUGUUCUCAAAAAGUUUUUAAAGAAGAUUAAUGAGGCGAGAACUAGUCUACAAAACCCCAAAGUUCAUGAUACAACUUGGCCAGAAAGGGACAAAAAUUUCUGGUGCUAUUUUUGUCAGUUAGAUGUUGGCAAACACAAACACCAUUUUACAGCCAUGGGUGAAUGCUUCAUUUGUCAUGGAGGACUUCUUGAACACAUCACCAGGAGUGAUCAUGUUGAAAAUACAGUCAAGUUUUUGAAAGAAAACAAAAUAGAUCUAAAGAGAACAUCAGAGUUUGUUUUGUCUUCCACUACUUUCCUCAAAUAUCUUGAAGACUUGGAUGCAGUGUGCUCUAAGUUUUUCAAAGAGCAGAUGGAAACAGUGAAAAAAUUGGCAGCUGAGAUAAAGUCACAAGAUAGGCUACAUCAGCAGAUAGUCAGCUUUGGACUGUUGGACCAGAGUGCAGUCCAGCAGGAGAAGCAUCUGUCUCACUCAGGUGUCCAGGCUUAUAGCCAUAAAACUAACAAUGCUUUCACGGGUGAAGAGGAGAAGGGGAAAAAAACUAUACAAGCAUUUGGCCAAGGCUUGACACCACUUGAGAGAUGUAAUGAAGAUGACACUCUGGGUAACAUCUAUACAAAUGCUCUGCCACCCUGGCUACUACCUGAUAAUGAAGAUGCUGAUUCAUCAGGAAUUAUUGGGCCAACACUGGAAGAUCUGGAGAAGCAUCGUAAACUUGAGAAGAAGAGUCUGCUUCCUGCAUGUCGGGUGGGGGCAAAGUUUGACCACAACACAGAGCAGCUGGAGUCCUGGCUGCCAAAUUUUGGAGGUGUUUGGAAUCAUGGACGUCGCACAAAUUCAGGUAAACAGUUUCAAAGACGCAUGGGCAAAUCAAGAUUUGAAAGUGCAAGCAAAGGAGCUGACUCAGCAAAUCAAAAAUUGUCUUCUACAGCUAGUUAUGAACAUAACCAUGGAACAUCCCAGAAAUUAGCUUCAUGUGAUACAAGCAUGGAUAAUAGUUCAUCAAACCUACAGUAUCCAUCCAAUAAUAACUCAGCUACUUAUCCUCAGAGUGGGAACAUAUCUGCUUAUGGCUCUGCAUCAUCUAAAUCCUCGUAUGGCUCAGCCUCCUCUACAUCAUAUGGCUCAGCUUCAGAAAAUUACAAAACUUAUUCACCAAAUUCUUCUGGCGCCACAGAUCAAGAAACUGAAUUAACCAGAUUUUCUAAUACAUAUGAGGAGCCUACUGUUGUGCACACUACUUUUAAUGUUUCACUUAAACCUUAUGUUCGUAAACGUAAACAUCCCACACAGUGCAAUAAUUCCUCUGUUGAGACAGAUUCACAUAUGCAUCAUCAGACAUACAAUAACACUCACAAUGCAUCAGACUCACAUAUGUAUCAUCAUUCAUACAAUAACACUCACAAUUUCAAUGCACCAAUUGCCAAUAACAACAAUCACAGUUAUAUAAAUCCCACCUUACUUGGAGAAACUGCAGCUUGUUCAGUAUCAGACACAAGUUUUGAAAAACCUGGCCAACUGCAAACAUACACACAUCAGGGUUAUGCAUCAAAAUCUACAAGGGACAAACUAAAAUCUACAUUUACAUUCAUACCUACACCUGUAUUACAGAAGAAAAAUUAAACUCAUUCAAAAAAAGAUUUUUUAUUAAUGCAAACAGAAUGUGGAUCACUGUUGUUUUUUGUU